AUGAACAGAUCGUAUCCCUGCGCAUCAUUUUGGAACAGCCCAAGAGUGAAAUUCAUCAACUUCAUCGACUAUGAGGAGGCAAUCGACAACGUUGACCGGCAGUUCAUCUUGAGACAACCGAGACACUACGGAAAGCCAGAAAAUGUAAUCAAUAUCAUCAGGAAGUCUCAUGUAGAGAUGCCCCUCAAAAGUAUUCAUGUCAGACAGCUCACCGACGGCUUUGAAGUAAGGAGCCCGGAGAGACAAAGCUGCAUGCUCUCACAUUUCCUGCUGGUAAUAGAAAGCGGCAUGACGACCGCAAAGGAUCACAAGCAAAUCGGAAUUGUGUGCACACUUUGGAAGCUGUUGGAGGACCUUGACUUUGCCGAAGAUCUGGCUCUUCUCUCCAACUCAUUACAACAGAUGCAGAAAAUGGCCUAA